AUGAUCACGCGGACGAACAUCCGGGCGGGCUCCCGGACAGCGACCGCUUUUACCCAUCAAUGGCGGUACUUGUGUGUUUCCUACUCCAAACUUGCCGAUAAGCUGCCGAGUCCCGGCCCCGGGCCCACUACGCCAGAGCCCAAAUCUCCGACCACCACCACACCCGGGAAACCAUCCCCCGCGGCUCCGAUCGCCGGCCGCGAUGCCGGUGCUCCGGCCGCCCAAGGUGCACUUGCCCACGCACCCCGGGCAUACGGCAAAGCACUCGAGGAGUUCACACCAACACCGCUUUCACGGCCAAUUGGCUUGAACUACCCGCCGAGCCCCGGUGAAAACACCGGCGUCGACAACCGCUCCCUCAAGCAACGCCACGCCGACUUUACCAACUACGAUAAGCACUUGAAGCGCCGGGAAGAACUAAAACACAAAAUCUCCCGCCCCUACUUCCGCGACUGGCGCAACCUACAAUUCCACCAAGGCAAAACCUUCCUCUCGCCUCCCCGCCCCUUCCGCGGCGACCUCUCCCUCUACUUCCCCAACCUCUAUGGUCGCAACCUCACCGGUUCCUACGCCGACACCACCCCGUUACUCGAAGGCCGCGCCUCUGUCGUCUCCAUCUUCAGCGGCGUCUGGGCCGAGAACCAAGCCAAGACCUUCACCGCGCCGGAGGAAAAUCCCAUGCUGCACGAAGUGCUGCGGCAGGCUGCGGGAGCGGGCGCGGGGGGGAAUAAGAGUCCGCGCGCGCAGCUGGUGCAGGUGAAUGUGGAAGAGGACAUGCUCAAGGCAUGGUUGGUGCGGCUGUUCUCCGGGUCGAUACGCCGGCGGCUGGGCAAGGAAAACUGGGAUAAGUACUUCCUUGUGCGGAAGGGGUUGACGGAUGAGAUCCGCGAGUCGAUUGGUGUGCUCAACAGCAAGGUCGGGUAUACCUAUCUGGUGGAUCACCAGUGCAGGAUACGCUGGGCGGGUAGCGGGUCGGCGGAGGCCGGCGAGAGGGAAGGGUUGGCUAAAGGAUUGCAGAGGAUAUUGGGUGAGAUGGAGAAGGAAGGGGUGGGGGAGCAUUACGUCCGGAGGGUCCUCGCGGCGAAGAAGCCGGGAGAGGAGCAGUAA